UGGGGUGGGCCACGGAGUUAUAACUCCUCCCCUCCCGGCAUGGAUGAAUGUAGGGGGUGAGAGAGAAGGAGGGAGAAGGCGAAAGAGAGAGAGAGAGACAAUAGACUUUAAUCACUCAUGUGGUUGAGAGCUGCCGGCCAGCAGAGUUCCGUGCGGUGGGGGAGAAACAGGAAGGGAGCCGACUGAGGGGGGAGAACUUGAGAGGAGGAGAGUUAUCAUUGGUGACACCUCUGAGCCGAAGACAAGUCCAGUCUACAAACCCAGACGAAGAGGAGAGGAGCUGACCAGGUGACCCUUAAACCCACAUUGCUCCCGAUCCCACCGGAGAAGUCUCCGUCCACGCUGCCGUCCAGACUGGAGUAUGUCCUGCGGUCGCUGUCCCCCCCGCCGCCACUGACCCGGGCGGUCGGCAUGAUCUCCCACUGCCCUCUGAGCACGCUGCUGCCCUGGCCCGCGGGCCCCGGCCACCAGUACUCAGACCUGGACUGCAGCUUACUGCCGGAGGGGGAGGGAGGUGUCGCCCUGCAGAGGUACCAGCUUCGCUCCCCGGAGAGCAGCCCCCGCCACUGGAGCUCAGUGCAGGACUGGGGGGAGGAAGUCGAGGAAGGAGCCAUCUACAACGUGACACUGAAGAGGGUUCAGAUCCAGCAGGCGGCCAACAAGGGGGCGAGAUGGCUCGGGGCGGAGGGCGACCGCCUGCCUCCCGGCCACACGGUGAGCCAGCUGGAGACCUGCAAGAUCCGAAGCAUCCGCGCCGGAACUCUGGAGCGUCUGGUGGAGACGUUGCUGACGGCGUUCGGAGACAACGACCUCACGUACACCUCCAUCUUCCUCUCCACCUACAGAGCCUUCGCCAGCACCACGACCGUCCUGCAGCUGCUGCUCGACAGGUACGGACACGGGGAGGAAGUUGAGCAAGACGCAGGCAAAUGCAAAGGCUCUGAAAGCAGCGGCGCCAUCAGAAGGGCCUUGGCGUCCAUCCUGCGCGCCUGGUUGGACCAGUGUCCCGAAGACUUCCAGCAGCCCCCGGACUACCCGUGUCUCCACAAGCUGACGGACUACCUGCGCAGGACGCUGCCGGGCUCGGAGGCUCUCCGACGGGCGCAGGGUCUGCUGGAGCAGCUGCGCGGUCAGGCCAGCGCGGACGAGUCGGACGUUGGCUUCCACGGAAACAGUUCUUUCUGCCUGGGGGAAGAGGAGGAAGUGGAGAUCGAGCUCCAGGAGGACUUCAUGUCGUUCGACGCCGACCUCUUGGCUGAGCAGCUGACCUACAUGGACGCGCUGCUGUUCAAAAAGGUGGUGCCCCACCAGUGCCUGGGCUCGGUUUGGUCUCAGAGGGACAAGAAGCACAACAAGCACAGCGCCCCCACCGUGCGCGCCACCAUCACGCAGUUCAACGCCGUGGCGGCCUGCGUGGUCAGCACGGUGCUGAAGCACCGGCAGGUCAGGCCGCACGUCAGAGCGCGGGUCAUCCAGCGCUGGAUAGACAUCGCUCAGGAGUGUCGGAUACGCAAGAACUUCUCGUCCCUGCGAGCCAUCGUCUCCGCGCUGCAGUCCAACCCUCUGUACCGGCUGAAGAGGGCCUGGGCCUGUGUGCACAAAGACAGCAUGCAGACGUUUGAGGAACUGUCGGACAUCUUCUCCGAUCACAACAACUACCUGACCAGCAGAGAGCUCCUGAUGAGGGAAGGCACUUCAAAGUUCGCCAGUCUGGAGAGUUGUGCCAAGGAGCACCAGAAACGCACCCACAAGAGACUCCAGCUGCAGAAGGAAAUGGGAGCCAUGCAAGGAACGAUACCGUACUUAGGGACCUUCCUCACGGACCUGACCAUGCUGGACACGGCCCUGCCCGACCUGGUCGAGGGCGGACUGAACAACUUCGAGAAGAGACGCAGGGAGUUCGAGGUGAUCGCUCAGAUCAAGCUGCUCCAGUCGGCCUGCAACAGCUACUGUCUGAGCCCGGAGCCGGCCUUCCUCCGCUGGUUCAAGAGCCAGCUCCAGCUCAGUGAGGAGGAGAGCUACGCCUUGUCCUGCGAGAUCGAAGGCCUCGGUGACAGCAGCCCGACCUUCCCCAAACCUCGGAAAAGCAUGGUGAAGAGACUCAGCCUGCUGUUUCUUGGAGCGGACUCCAGCGCGGCCAGUUCUCCAGUCAGAGAGACGCCGCGCUCGCCCCCUACUGGCAGCUCGGGGGAGAGCUUGGACUCGGUCAGCGUGUCCUCCAGUGACUCCAGCAGCCCGUCGGACAGCGAGGGUCUCACCCCGACCCACGCCGCCCACUCCCAGCUCAACAAGGUGCGCUGCAGCGCCACAGAGAAGCUAUCAGAAUCCUCCUCUUGUAAUUCGCUCCACUCCAUGGACACCAGCUCGUCGACAGCCAGCGUCUCCGUGACCCCCGCGUCCCCCCCGCUCCCCGGGCCCCGCUGCGCCCACAGGCGCUCCCGCUCUCUCACGCCCGUGCCCCCCAGCACCCCGAGCCAAACCCCGGCCUACAACACGCAGGCCCAGGACGCGUGCAUCGUCCGAGUGAGCCUGGAGCAGGGCAACGGGAACCUCUACAAGAGCAUCCUGUUGACCAAUCAAGACAAGACUCCGGCGGUCAUUUCUAGAGCCAUGGCGAAGCACAACCUGGAGGUGGAGCCAGAGGAGGGAUACGAGCUGGUACAAGUCAUCUCUGAGGAGAGAGAACUGGUGAUCCCGGACAACGCCAACGUCUUUUACGCCAUGAACACCACCGCCAACUACGACUUCCUGCUGCGGCUGCGAGGCUCGGCGAGCCGGGCGAGCCGGCCGGUCCAGCUGCGGAGCCGCUGCAGCUCCACUCUCCCCCGCGCCCAGCACCGCUCCAGCCUGUCGCUGAGACUCAGCAAGGUCACGCUGUGACCCCCACCCCCCCCACCCCCCGGGGGACCCCAGCGGGUUUGCCCCUGAAACCACUAAUCCAGGGUCACACGGGGGCACAGACUUGAUGGAUUGAUCGGAUUUCAGAUGAAGAAGCUGGAGGGACGCACGGACAAGGAGCUCUGGAGACUUUAUUUUUACGAGCUCCGCCAUCAUUAAUAUGGAGCGUGGGUGUGUAGCGUGACCGGCUGCUGUGCCAGUGAGGCGUGACUUUUUUUUUCCGACGAGUGACCCCUGUGACAGAGUGAAACAGCGGCCCCUAGUGGCCCCAGCAGGUUUUUGCACAUGUUUAGGGGAGCGGCCAAACUCCGGUUCUCCAGCAGUAUUCUGACGGUGGAUGAUGGACUUCUGUGUGUAGCGGAAUAUUCACUUUAGUGGUUCUAGAAGUGUGACGAAUGCAGAAAGAGGAGAGCGAUGGUGGAAUAGAAGGAGAAGUGGACCGAGUGUCCGGUCCUGUUGCCUUUUUACCGACGAAUGAAUGAAUGAAUGAAUGGACCUCUGAUAGUAUUUCUGAAUGAUAUUAAUUGAUUAAUUGAUUGACAGGAGCUGUGAUGUCAUUGUUUUUCGCUAGUCGGGCAUGUUUACCUGUCGUGUGUGUGUGUGUGUGUGUGUGUGUGUGUGUGUGUGUGUGUGUGUGUGUGUGUGUGUGUGUGUGUGUGUGUGUGUGUGUGUGUGUGUGUGUGUGUGUGUUCGGCCCCUCAUGUGGCGAGCUGUGUGACGAAUGUUCGAAGCAUUCUGAUUGGUUCCCUCACUUGGUUUUAACAACGGCCUAAACCCGCCCUAUCGUCGGGGUUUAGAGAUGACGUGUGGUGCUUCUUUCUUAUCCAGAAAGAUGUUCCAUUACUUCCUUUCAUUUUCAUACUUGUUUUUUUAUAUUUUAAAUAAAUAAAUAAACUAAUUAAUAAAUAAUAAAUGAAUUGAUGAGCAGGGAUGGGGGAAGAAACUGAUCUAUACUCUGUACCUCUGUAUAUGACCUAUAGAGCUGCACUUGUCAGUGGGUAGGAGAUGUGAUGUGAAUAUAAAAGAGUGACCGAGCCGCUCUGUAAGUGCCCCCCCCCCCCCCCUCUUCACUUAAUGAGUUGCUAUUUUUGUUUUUGUAAUUGUUGCUCUUUUUAUAUAUAUACAUGUUUUCUUAAACUCCAAUUCAAACCGGACACGUGUGCCAGAUUGGAGAACGAUGAAGUCGAUGUUAACGAAUUCAGAGGGUCAUUUAAAUUUGUUAAAAGACGUCGGUGCCAUAAUUUGACUGUUUGAAGAGGAACUCGUUGCCGAGGCGACGCGUCACUUCAUUGCACCAAGGCCAAAACCGCCAUCUUGGCUUCACCCGUCACAUCACAGCGGCCACAGAUAAACACUCCCUCUGAGCCUCUUUUUAUUAUUUUUUAUGACUCUUUAGUUAUUAUCCACACCGUCGCGCCAAUUUGUCCAACCGGGUUAAUGUUCCUCGGUGGAGGUUACGCUCCCACUGGGAGAACUGGUCCUCGGUUAUGGACUGGUGUUAAUGGUCCAGUCGGGCCGAUCAUUUGUCUCCAUGCAGCACUUCACUCCUCAAAUGUUCCCCAUAAAUCGCCCUCAGUUCCCGGGUUCUUCACUGCCAAAGACUUUUACUCUACCUGAAUAAAUAAAUUAUUAUCAUUGUUA